AUGGAUGUUUCUUCCAUUGGACGAACUAGAAGCCAAACUGAUCAAGAUCCUUUGUUAAUGGAGCAUGAAACCCACAAUAAUCGUGAGCACGUCGUCGAUAUCACAAGUAAUGACGAUGACUCUUCAUCAGGAUCUUCUAUUGAUGAGCUAACUCCUGAGGUUGGUGAAGAGGGAAUGCCAUCAAAUGGUACACAAAACCCGACGCAUCCAUCUCCGUCAGCUCCUCCCCAGCAAAGAGCAAGUUCUUCUAGGAGAGGUGAUGAUGGGAAUGUUCGGCGUAGUAGUAGUAGGAGUCCACUGAAUUCUGGCCUUUGGAUUUCAGUUGAGUUAGUUGUCACUGUGGCUCAGAUUGUUGCAGCUAUAGUAGUUAUGGUUCUGGCUAAAGACGAACAUCCAGAAGCGCCAUUGUUUACAUGGGUUGUUGGAUAUACCUCUGGCUGUAUAGCUACUCUCCCUAUUCUCUAUUGGCGUUUUCGGACUUAUAACCGUGGUACAGGGCAAGACUCUUCGCAGCGUAGUAGCUCUUCUCAAGGCAAUAAUAAUCUCUCAGAGUCCACACCAUAUACACCCGUCUCAGUGGCUCAAGCGCCAGAUGAAGAAAACAGCACUGACAUGAGAGCAGCACCUAGGAACAAUGUAGUUGGGGAAAGCUUAAGAACAAGACUCAACGGGCUGGUGGACCAUUUCAAGAUGGCAAUUGAUUGUUUCUUUGCGGUGUGGUUUGUUGUGGGGAAUGUAUGGAUAUUUGGAGGUCACUCAUCUCCUUCUGAUUCUCCUAAAUUGUACCGGUUAUGUAUCGCGUUCCUUACUUUCAGCUGCAUUGGAUAUGCAAUGCCGUUCAUACUAUGCGCAACAAUCUGUUGUUGUUUGCCUUGCUUAAUCUCUGUUCUCGGGUUUCGAGAAAACUUCUCACAAACUAGAGGAGCCACUGCCGAGGCGAUCAACGCACUGCCUGUCUACAAGUUCAAGUCAAAAAGUAGAAAUGAUUUGGAAUCUUCAGAGGAAGGUGAAGGUGGAUUUCUUCUAUUGGGAUCCGAGAAGAAACGUCUUAUAUCAGGCGAAGAUGCCAGCUGUUGCAUCUGCUUGGCAAGAUAUGGAGACGACGAAGAAGUUAGAGAGCUGCCAUGCUCACAUGUCUUUCAUGUAGACUGUGUAGACAAAUGGCUUAAAAUCAAUGCGACUUGCCCGCUCUGUAAAAGUGAGGUCGGAGAAAGCAGCAGUGCUUCCUCAUAG